AACCUAAAAACCCCAAAACAAAACCCUAAUUAUAUCAAAAAGUUCCAAAGCAUCUCAACUGAGAACUGACCUCUGUCUCUGUAUUGUAUCAUGUAUAUUCUGUAGUAACGCCUAUUCGACCCUCAUCAAUUGUUGACAAACCUGUAACUCCUGAAACUGAAGAACACAACACAAUACAAACACGAAGAACAAUACAACUGAAGCGGAGCUCAAAUCUUUUGGAAUAAGCCAUAGAAUAAGAUACAAAAUCAGGAUUUCUUGAUAUUUCUCGUCAUUGAUAAUGGAAGACACCUCCUUCCUAUUUGCUGGCACUAAAUUUGAUAAAAAGAAGUUCGCCAAAGAUAUUGAGAGGUUUAAGGAGAAAAAAGAAAAUAAAGUAUUGGAAGUGAAUCCAGGGUUCGUUGACAAUAUUAAGACUGAAACAGAAGUUGGAAAAAAGUCAACUAGGAAGAGGAAACGGAAGGGCACUAGUGGAGGAUCAGUGGAGGGAUUUAGUGUGUUUAAGAGUGCAAAUGCAGUUAAUGAACCUGAACAAAAUGAUGGGGAAGGGGAGAAGCCUUCUGGAAGAAAGGAGUAUUUCCGGCAGCUUGAGCGUGAUACAGUUUUGAGAAAAAAUCAUGGUAUCCAUAUUUCUGGGAGUAAUGUGCCAUCUCCUCUUCAGAGUUUUGAGGAACUUAGCACUAGAUACGGAUGCAAACCAUAUUUACUGCGGAAUUUUGCUGAACUUGGAUACAAAGAGCCUACUCCAAUCCAAAGGCAGGCUAUUCCAGUCCUUCUAUCUGGACGUGAAUGUUUUGCUUGUGCACCCACUGGCUCUGGUAAAACUUUGGCAUUCAUUUGUCCUAUAUUAAUGAAAUUAAAGCAUGGGAGCAAAGAUGGUGUUCGUGCUGUUGUUCUUUGCCCUACUCGUGAGUUGGCAGCUCAGACGACUAGGGAAUGCAAGAAACUCGCUAGAGGAAAGAAAUUCCAUAUCAAAUUAAUGACUAAAGAGCUUUCCAAAAGUGCUGAUUUCUCUAAAUUGCCUUGUGAUGUACUUAUAACAACCCCACUUCGCUUACAAUUUGCAAUCAGCAAAAGGAAGCUUGAUUUAAGCAGGGUUGAAUUUCUUGUUCUUGAUGAAUCUGAUAAGCUAUUCGAGCUUGGAUUUAUGAAGCAGAUUGAUUUUGCUGUUAAAUCCUGCUCAAACCCAUCAGUAAUUAGAAUGUUGUUUAGCGCGACUUUACCUGACACAGUAGAAGAUCUUGCACGGACAUUAAUGCAUGAUGCUGUGCGGAUUAUUGUGGGCAGAAAGAAUACAGCUUCUUCAUCAGUAAAGCAAAAGUUGGUUUAUGCUGGAAGUGAAGAAGGGAAGUUUCUUGCACUACGUCAGAUUUUUGCUGAGAGUUUGGAUCCACCAGUCUUAAUCUUUGUGCAAAGCAAAGAACGUGCCACAGAGCUCUAUAGAGAACUGGCGUUUACUGAUAUCAAAGUGGAUGUCAUCCAUAAUGAUUUACCCCAGGCACAGCGGGAAGAUGCUGUUGAUAAUUUCAGGGCUGGUAAAACAUGGGUUCUGAUAGCCACUGACCUUUUUGCUCGCGGUAUGGACUUCAAAGGUCUCAACUGUGUGAUAAAUUAUGAUUUUCCAGAGUCAGCUUCUGCUUACAUCCACAGAAUCGGUCGAGUCGGUAGAGCUGGGAGAGCAGGGGAAGCCAUUACCUUUUAUACAGAAGCUGAUGUACCAUUUUUACGGAACAUAGCGAAUGUUAUGUCAGAGUCUGGUUGUGACAUACCAUCUUGGAUCAUGUCCAUGCCCAAAGCCAAAUAUAAGAAGCAUCGUCCUACGAGGGAUUCUAUAACUAUUGGUCCGAAGGAUGAAAGAAUUACCAAUUAAUGUUUAUUAUCAGAUGACAAUACAAGGAAAGAUGUCAUUAAGUCAUGAUGUAAUAUUCUUUUGUACCGAUCUUUUCUCCAGAAUUUUAUUUCAAUCUAGUCUAGGAAUUAGGAUGUCAACAUAAUUGUAGGUUCCUUUUUAUAGGUUUGUAUUCUAGGAAAUAGUCCUGAAACUUGUUUUUCAUUCCUCCACUCAUUAGGAGUUCUUUUUGUUUCUGAGAUUGAUAACUGUUUAUAUUUGUCUUUUGCUAUAUGUAGUUUCGUUUGUGCUUCGGUUA